AUGGCGGUAAUUCUCCGUUCAGAUCCGCUCUCUCGGAUCCACCCGGAGCCCCAAACCCUAGAAAUCGACCACUUCGAUUACCUCCCCGACUCAAUCCUCCUACUCGUUUUCAACAAGAUCGGCGAUGUCAAGGCCCUUGGUCGCUGCUGCGUUGUUUCCAAGAGGUUCCAUUCCCUCGUUCCCCAGGUCGAGAAUGUCGUCGUUCGCGUCGAUUGCGUCAUCUCCGACAACGAAUCCUCCUCCCUCUCUUCCGAUAAGCCCCGAUCUGCCGCCGCCGGUCCCUUCUCCGCCAUCUUCCGUCUCGUUACAGGAUCUGGGACAGUUGCUCGGCACGAAGCGGUCGUCUGGCUCUUCUGGAUCGUCUUCUUCUUCUUCCGAGAGAUGGAACAAGGCGGGGUCUUGUGCUCUCUUGUUUCAGAGACUUUGUGA